AUGGAGCCCUAUCUGUUCGGCAGUCGUCUGGGCCAGGACAUCAUCGACCUGGACCAGACAAUGGUGCACCUCCAGAGCGCCCUGAACUUCACCGCCCACAUCGCCUACCGCGGCGGCAUCAUCCUCUUUGUCUCCCGCCGCCGACAGUUCGGCCACGUGGUGGAGAGCACGGCAGGGGACUGUGGAGAAUAUGCCCACACACGCUACUGGCAGGGUGGUCUGCUCACCAAUGCCCCAAUCCAGUACGGCCCGGGGGUCAGGCUGCCUGACCUCAUCGUCUUUCUCUCAACUCUCAACAACGUCUUCCAGCAGCAUGUGGGGGUCCGCGAUGCAGCCAAGAUGAAUAUACCCACGGUGGGUGUGGUGGACUCUAACUGCAACCCCAGCCUGGUGACAUACCCGGUGCCUGGGAAUGAUGACACACCAGCCGCAAUGGAGCUGUACUGCCGCCUCUUCAAGAUGACCAUCAACAGGGCCAAGGACAAGAGGAGGCAGAUGGAGCUGCUCCAGGGUCUAUCACCAGCGGGCCUCACACAGGGUUCCUCGUGA